CUUCAAUAUCGUGAAUUGGGUGGAAGAUAAUGAUGCUGCAGCGAGUGUGGAAGCAAGCCAAGCCCGCGAGGAUGGGGUUGCUCUGUGGACAACAGGACUUGCGCAAGCUGCUGCAUACCGACGACGCGCCCCAAGACAAUGAACAAGGCCAUGAGCGCUUCGAUCGCAUCUCCAACUACGUCCGGUACCCGAAUCACUUUCCAGUGACGAUGACCGUCAAGGAUUUCAACGCCAAGUAUGACGGGUUGCCGGCCAAGGCACGCGAGACGGACGACCCAGUGUCGCUAGCAGGACGAAUCACGUCCAUCCGUUCGGCGAGCAAGAAGCUCGUGUUCUUGGACAUUUCGAACGACGGCCACGACGUCCAAGUCCUCGCGGAGAAGAAGUACUUCCAAGGCGACGAUGUCGCCAAUAACGACACUGAAUUCGAGCACGUCCAUGAGUCGCUUCGCCGCGGCGAUAUCAUCGGCAUUCACGGGUUUCCCGGAAAGUCGGGAAAAGGCGAGCUCAGUAUCAUUCCGCGCGGCAUUUCCGUGCUGUCUCCAUGCGUGCUGCCCAUUCCCAACUCCAAAUACGGCAUCAAAGAGCCCGACAUUCGAUUUCGGCAAAAGUAUUUGGAUUUGCUCACGAAUCGCGGCGUGCGAGAUAUCUUUGCCACACGCGCCAAGGUCAUUCGACACAUUCGGCGGUACUUGGAAGAUUUGGACUUUAUCGAAGUGGAGACGCCUAUUCUAUGCACGUCGGCGGGCGGGGCUGCCGCCAAGCCGUUCACGACCGAGUCGCGUGCGUUAAACACCAAGUUGUACCUACGCAUCGCCCCUGAACUGUACUUGAAGCAACUCGUGAUUGGCGGCAUGGACCGCGUAUUUGAAAUCGGCAAAGUCUUUCGCAACGAAGGUGUCGACCAAUCCCACAACCCCGAGUUUACCAUGUGCGAAUUUUACCAAGCGUACGCCGACUACAACGACUUGAUGGCCACUGCCGAAGACAUGUUGUCAGGUUUGGUCAAGUCGCUCAAGAACUCGUACGUUGUCGAAUCGUCGGAACACGGAGCUAUCGACUUUACACCUCCGUUCAAGCGCAUUUCCAUCGUCCCUGGCAUCGAAGCCGCAAUCAACGACAAGUUGCCGUCUAUGCUUGACCCAGAUCUGAUUGCAAAACUGCUGGACAUCUGCCAUCGCCACGACGUGCCGUGCCCCGCCCCGCACACUGCGCCGCGCAUUCUGGACUGCCUCGUAGGGCACUUUCUUGAGCCUCAGUGCACGAGCCCGACGUUUUUGAUCGACCACCCGGUCGUGCUGAGUCCACUCGCCAAAGCCCAUCGACACAAUGCCGAACUCACGGAACGCUUUGAAUUGUUUGUGGCGGGCAAAGAACUGUGCAAUGCGUACACGGAACUGAACGACCCGGACGAGCAGCGACUCCGGUUUCAGGCGCAGGGGGCGGAUCGCGACCUCGGAGAUCAGGAAGCGCAUGUAAAAGACGAAGCGUUUUGUACAGCUUUAGAGUAUGGUUUGCCUCCUACGGGUGGGUUUGGCAUUGGCAUCGACAGACUCGUGAUGCUCUUGGCCGGCGUGCCGCAUAUUCGAGAAGUGAUUUUGUUUCCGACCAUGAAACCCGACCACCACCACAACCAGUCGUAGCCGCCAUCGACGUCGGGUCGGUAUAAACCAAACAAUGGCCCGAUAUAAUCCGUAAGAAAAGUGAACCACCCUCAGGAG